GGAUAGCAGCCCAGCCCCUGACGCUCCCUCGCUAACCAACCAGUCCCAGCCCUCCUCUCCCUCUCAGCUCUGUCGCUUAAUAUCUCUCCCUCUCCGUGUCUCCAAGAACACCGGCCGGCCGGCGAUGUACUGCGUCUCCGGCCGUUGCGGUUCUCCGUUCCUCCAGCUUCCGGUUUCCAAAGAUGGGACUCUGGCUCCCGAGGGGCAUAGACGCCAAUGCAGGAGGAGGACGGCGCCUGCCACGUCCAUCGUAGUCGCGCCUUCUCGGACUCAGAGGAGAUCCGGGAAAGCAAGGGCGAUAGAGGGCGGGCUAAACCUGCAGCAGGGGAUAGCGGAGUUCUACGACGAGUCGUCGGGGGCGUGGGAGAGCGUGUGGGGGGAGCACAUGCAUCACGGCUUCUACGAUUCUCAAGGCCAAGCCUCCCUCAACCUGGACGACCAUCGGUCCGCCCAGAUUCGGAUGAUCGAGGAGGCCUUGACCUUCGCCCGCGUCCCUGAUGAUGCAAGUAGGAGUCCGAAGCACAUUGUUGACGUUGGGUGUGGCAUCGGUGGUAGCUCAAGAUACUUGGCCAAAAAAUAUGGAGCUAAAUGUCAAGGCAUUACGUUGAGUCCAAUUCAAGCUGCACGUGCUAACGAACUAUCUAUAUCUCAAGGUCUUGACAAUCUGGUCUCUUUUCAAGUUGCAGAUGCCCUUGAUCAACCAUUUCUGGAUGGACAAUUCAACCUGGUUUGGUCCAUGGAGAGUGGAGAGCAUAUGCCCAACAAGAAGAAGUUUGUAAGCGAGCUAGCAAGAGUAGCAGCCCCUGGGGCAACUAUUAUCAUUGUGACAUGGUGCCACCGAGAUCUGUUACCUUCAGAAGGAUCAUUGGAGCCUCAAGAAGUGGAUCUAUUGGAUAGAAUUUGUGACGGUUUCUAUCUUCCUGCAUGGUGCUCUGUAAGCGACUAUGUAAACAUUGCAGCAUCUCUUUCUCUCAAGGACAUUAGGACAGCAGAUUGGACAGAGAACGUUGCACCGUUUUGGCCAGCAGUCAUGAGGUCGGCAUUCACCUUCAGAGGCUUCACCUCCCUACUAGGAACUGGAUGGAAAACCAUGAAAGGAGCACUCGUCAUGCCAUUGAUGAUCGAAGGCUACAAAAAGAAUCUCAUAAAGUUUGCCAUCAUCACCUGCAGAAAACCAGACUAAGCGAUCCAUAAGGAGAAAUGUCACAGUUGCUGUUUUAAAGUUGUAAGCAUUUUGGUUUGUACACAACCGUGCCAAAAAUUUCUGUUCGGCAUUUCUUGACCGUAUUGAUCUACCGAUUUAUUGCAGCCGAUACAAAUAGGUUAUCACUUCUUUGUACAAAAUUUUGGUUACUACUUCUUUGUAUAAGGUGUCCACACAAUUAAGAUCUCAAGUUGAAUGAUUCCACUAUCACGUUGA